CUCCAAUCAAAAACUGAUCAAAACAACUUUGAGCAUUGCGGCAUGGUUUGAUGGUGAAUGACAUAGGCCUAUGUCAUGUUUGUUGGAAGUGGGAGAUGAAUUUCAUUAUUUAGAUCAUUUUCAUUUUUUGUACAGUAGUUUUCAUUAUGAGUGAAGCACUGACUCAUUUGCGUGCUGCAUGUUACCAACUUGGAGAUGGCAAAGCUGCCCAGAGGAAGAAGGGUCUUGAAACAAUUAGGAAAGAGCUGAUGAAAGAUAGAGUAAAGAUUGCACUAGAUGACUCCUCCGACAAGAAGCACGAACUCAACUGGAACGUAAUGUUCAGAUGUAUUCAGCAAUACAUUUCUUCAGAAGCUGAUCUUAUCCAGAAAAUGAAAGUUGGCUCAACAACAACUGCCAGAACGCAAGAUAAAAGAAAAAAGGAUUUAGGAUCACUGUUUAGAUGGAUCAUUAAAGUUGCCAAUGGAAGAAAAGAAAGACUAAAAUGUGACAGCGUUGUGGAGUAUCUUUUCACAAUAUUAUCUGAUGAAUUCUUAAGAAAUGCCUUUGGUGAAGACGCAGUUCAUGUUCUUUAUAAGAAUAUUUUAAGAAGCCAGAAAUAUGUCACAGUGUUGAAACAAAAAGAUUGGAAUGAUUUGAUUAAAAAGUGCACCAACGCAUUUAGAGAUCCUGAUUGUAGUAUCAGCAAGGAUGCGUUAGGACGGACCAUUCAUGCUUUGAUUGCGGAGUCCGUUGGCCAAUCCGUAAUUAAUCAAGGACGAUUGUUCCGUUUCUUUUCUCAUGUCAUACCAGAUAUGAAGAACGAAAAGGCUCGCAGCUUAGCGUGUGAGAUCUUCUCUGCCCUUAGCAAGUUUUCAUUUUAUGUAAUGAAUAAUUGUCGGAGGCAAUUGUGUAACCUAGGUGAACAUGUGUUUCCAACAAUUCUUUAUAUCUGGAAUCGAAACCCAUCUACUGAAAUUAAGUGUCAAUUAAUAGAGUUCAUGCGUAUUCAGUUGACUGUUCACCAUCCAUUAGGAGCGACCUCAGCAGAGCAAGGGUCUUAUGCAAGUGAUCCGGACACAUGGAAGGUGCAAGUGAGCAGUUUGUACAAAGCCAUCUAUGAAGAAAUUCGCCAGAUAAGCAGCAAGGCCAAAUUAAAGACAACCAGCGGAAAGGGGUUUACCUUAGAUGCCAACCUAGCUGCUCUUGCCACUGAUGUGUUUUAUCAAAUGUUUACCUGUCACAGUAACUAUGUCUUUGAGGUAACUCAGUUGAGCACCUGUAGUCAGUUUGGUGCAACUCAGGGCGGGACCGCACCCAAGAGGCGCCGAGUAGAGUCUUGCUGGAAGGUGCUCUCAGAUAUUCUCUCUGAGCAAGCAUCAACAUUACAGGGAAUUGCAUGGCUUCAAGUUCUGACUGCCAUUUUGAAAAAAUAUCCAGACAGCUUGCCAAAGGAAGAGCUUCCAUUGCUGCUUAAUACAUUACUCCAAGCCAGACUCCAAUGCAAAAGAUCUGAGGUUCAGACUUGGUUGUUGCAGUGUUUAUCAGCAUUAGCCGUAUCUCAGAUUGCUAUACAGCCAAGGCCUUCAAUAGCAGAUAGAUUGAAACCAUUAUGGAAUAAGGUCUGGUCUACAGGAUCUUCGGCAGUAAGGAGUGUAUCACCACAUGGAACACAGAAUCAAGCGUACAAUUUAUUAUGUACGUUACUAAGAUGUGACCUUGUAACUUUGGAUAAGGACCAAUGGAGAUUGUUCAUUCCUGGCAUCACCCAGCCCACCAGUGCAUCGGUCAGCUGCUUAGCCAUCUGUCUGCAGAAGACCUCUCUCCCUGAGAAUUACCAGGCACUUGUGGAUCAAACCAUUACAGACACAGCGUUUCCUCUAAGGUGUCAGUUAGUUCGUUGGCUCAUUAGUGUACAAGAUUCUGACGACUACGGAGAUACUCAUAUCCUACAAAAGACACUUUCGAGUGUGCCAGCUAAUCUUUUUGCUGAUGUACUUGUGUCAUUACUGCAUCGGACUCCCAGCAUUGAUGAGCCAAUCAAGUCCAAGACCUAUGUGGAUGAUGACUUGGAAGAGGCUGCACGCCUCUACCUCAAAUCAGACUUCAUCUGUAAUGGUGGCGAAGAAGAGAAAGCAACCAUGAAAUGUAAGACUCAAGAAGGACCCAAGAGAAUUCAUGAAGAAGUGUUGAAGAUGGUUUUGGACAGUUUGACUGCAGCAACAAAUCAACUAAUACAAGCUGUUGCUUUUCAGGAAAGCUGUGUAGAGUAUGUUUUGAAACUGGCUGUUGUGAUCCAGAAAGUACUGAUGAAAUUACUUAAAGGUCAAAUCAUGACAAAUGAGAUGAUAUCAGACAGUGACCUUUACAAACAAUUUAAGAAAUUACUUCAGAAUGCCUGGGAAACUCUGUUACGUGUGUGCAAGAAGAGAGAUUUUACCAUCGAUUCCAAACUUGAAGUUGUAUCCUCUGUUGUAUCAACAUGGUCACAGUUGUACAUUCCACACGCUGAUGAGAAAGGAAUGUCAGCUGAAGUACUACAUGUGAUGACAGAAUGUAAAGAUGCUACACCCUGGGGCUUUAUUGACCACAUAUUCAAGAUCGCAAGCAGUGAGAUCUUGAACCCAGUAAGGCAAAGAAGCAUGGGUGGCCCAUCGCAGCAUGCCAUCCUUGACCCCUUUGGAGGUGAAGAUGAGUCAACCUUUGAUUUGGAUAUACCUGAUGCUGGUGACAGCUUGGAUGAUGGAUUUGGUGAUGUUGAUACGGGGACAAACAAUGUCAUGGAGGAAGAUGACAGACAGGUCAAAGCACGUCAGAGUAUUUUAUCUGAAGGUGGCCUGCUUCCUCGGCAACAGCUCACAAUUAAGUGUUUAAACUUAAUCGCUCAUUAUAGCUGUAUACGCUCAUUGAAUCCAGACGUUUUGUCAGGAACCACUUCAGACUUAGUGGAAAAACUGAUAGAACAGCUGAAGCAAAAGGAUAAAGUAACUUCAUUUGGUUUGCAAUCUCGUUUUUGUGUGAUUGAAGUCCUUGUGUCGUCUCCUCAUAUUCAUAUGAAUGAUUCAGUUGCUGAAGGUGUGUUACAACUCCUAAGAGAAAUGGCUUCAACCCACCGAAAGAAUCAUGAGGUUUGUGCCAAGAUCCUAAAGCAAAUACGACUCAUCUUCAGACAUCUCGCCGUCGAUGAGAAUUCAUCUGAAGAUAUGGAUGAGGCUAAACUACAUGCAUUGGAUCUAUUAAACAUAUUCAUGAAAUUAAACACCACUGAUAUGUACACCCCUGCUGUUCGAAUGGAGAUUGUCAAAUGCAUUGAAACUCUUAUUCAACUGGAUCCCAAUUUAAAGUGGUCGGUAUGGCAAGAAAACAUAGGCAAUAGUGAUGUCGCGUAUAAGUCUGUGAUUGCUGAUUUCCCAGAAUUCCUUCUGGACCCAGACCACCGGAUCCAGAUGUUCCUGGCACAGGGAAUACAGUAUUUGUUCCAGUUCUCAUGUACGGCGGAACCUGGAACUGUGCGUUGGUUUUCAAAAGAUGUCCAGAACUCUUCCUUUGAUUUGAUUUACCAGAAGGCCCAAGAAGCUAUGCCCCAACAGGAGCAAGAUACAGAAGAAUGGAGUGAUGAAUUCCAUAACAGAAGUUCUGCUUUGCUCCAUAUGCUAGCUACGAUUGCCAAGUCCAGCGUUAUUAGUCAGAAGAAGACUGUGUUUGCCCUUGUGCAGACAGUGAAGCUCAACAGCCUGGCUACCACACAUAUUAGCAGAGUGAUAAGCAGUAUUGCUUUCAGUCUCAAGUACCCAUCACCGCUAGACUUUUUGCUGUCACACCUAGGCUUCUUGAUUAGCCAGUGGCUGGAUGUAGGCUACCACGUGUUUGAUUUCCCAUACCAGCUGUUCAACUGCAAUACUAGAGCUGAGUUCUUCACGAAAUACCAUCAUUGCAUAAUACCUUUUUUGGUUAUGUGUUGCAACAAUCUUGAGGAUGUUGAUAGUAUUUCAAAGGAGAUUCAAACUACCACUAAGCAGCUCUUACAAGAUGACUUCCCACAAUGCAUAGUGCACAUCCUGCCAUUAUUUGCCCAUGUUCCUCAAGAUGAUGAAGCAGCUAGCGCAUCUCAUAUCGAACGCAAGGCGCAGGCAACAGCAUGUUUCCACAGACUUGAAGAAGUCCUGGGAAAGAAGGAAAUAGAUCAACUAAUUCAACGUAAUCUGGACAUAAUUGUUGUUGAGUUGUUGCUAAUGCUGUAUGAUGAAAGUAAUGAAUCAGACAGUGGCUGCAGCCCUGAGCCUAAUCCUCCCUACUUUCUAGCCUACACAGUCCAGGCUACAUUGGAUUACUUGACAGCAUGUCAUGGCAACUCGCAGAAGACACUCAUAUCUCUCUUAUCAAGGUCACCUGACAGCAUCCAGAACAUUCUACUGAGCCUGCAAAUGAAUCUCCAACAAAGUCACUGCAGUCACGAGAAGCAGAGACUGCUGGUGUCCUACCGCUUCUUUGUAACGCUGCUCCUGAAGGAGCUCGAUACCGGCCUUGGAGGAGCUUGGGCAUUUGUUCUUCAUGAUACAAUCCACACCCUUCUGCAGGUCGUAUCGAGCUGUACCAAUGACAACUCCUGUCUCUUGGCUCUUGGCAUACUUCACCAGAUAUGUCAAGUUGCUUUGAACUGUUGCCAUCUGGAGCUUGGGAAGCUUGCAGUAGCUAUCGUGGGGGUACUAAUUCCCCUGGCAAAUCAAGACAGAAAUGCAAGUCUCAGCACUAAGUCUGUGGCAUUGUUAAAUCUACUGGUGAUUGAAGGCAGCACAAAGCUGGCAGAUAGUUUGCAAUAUGUUGAUCCCUUGCCAGAGGUACUCUGUCUGAGUGCAGCGAGGAAGUCACUGGAUGCAGCCAAGUAUAAGGGUUCAAAUUUCAAUCUGUUGGAGGAAAUUAACCACUUUCUGAUCUGUGAUGGCCAAAACAACAACUUGCCCACUUUGGAAAGCCUCAAACUUCUGCAUCAAAAGUUGUCAAAGAAUCGUGAAGAAAUGAAACAACUAUUAAUGGAUGAUCAAGAGAGCAUAGGCAAUCUUAUAUCAAGUUUGGUGAACAUAUGCAGACAAUCAGGCAACAAUAACAAUGUAAACAAUGCCAUUCAGCAACAGGCUGCAUGCUGUUUAGGAGAGAUAGGGCCAGUUGAGCUUUGCGCUGUGUCUCUGAAAUCCCAUCAAUCAGACGAGAACAAGAGUUACGCUACAGCUGUUAAGGUGUACAAGGAAGAACCACGUAUGAUUCGGAGAUGCAUCAUAAUUCACCUAUUAAAGACAUACCUCACAGAUGUAUGUGUUGCAACUAAGCGAGCUGCAGUUGAAUGCCUGAAGUGCCUGCUAGCAACUCCAUCAGGAAUCGCUUUUCGGGAGGACUAUGUGGAUAAAAACAUUGAUAAACUCUUUGACUACCUUCAUCCAUUCAGACCCCACAAGCAAAAGAGAACUAAGCUUCCAGCACAAACCACAAGCGAGCAGGAAUUCGCAAACAUUUUGAAUGAUGCAACACUGUGGAAUCCUGAGUCCACCAAUCACGAUGACUGGAUUCGCCAGUUGACAUGUUCCUUGAUCGACAGUGGCGGAGUCCAAGAUGAAUUUUUACGACUUUUAAAGCCAGUCUGUAAAGUAAAGGUGGAAUUCGCUGAGCAGAUUUUGGCCUUCCUCAUCCAUGACAUACUAGCCACAGGAAAUGCUGUGUUUUGUGAAGUCCUGUCCAAUCACAUUCAGAGUUUCUUUGCAAGGCAUUGUGGGGAAGGCAAUCAUGACAGUAGAGCACCGACCCCCAUGUCCAUCGACAUGAGUUUUCAGCCCAAGAGUAAGCGUUCAACAUUGGUCAUGUUACAAGUUGUACAUUAUUUGCGUACUCAAGAAAAGCCAAGUACCAGAAAUCUUAAAAGUACAGCUUGGGACAACAACUUCUGGUUAGAACUGGAUUAUUUGGUGGUUGCCAUGGCAGCCAAAGCAUGCUCAGCUCAUUUCACAUGUAUUCUGUACACUGAGAUAUGGUGCGACCAGCAAAGAAAUGGAAAUGAUGAUAUGAUGAGUGACCGAACGUCAGCAUUUGAGACUCUGUCUUGUCUGAGUGGCGACCAUGGCAUCAAUGUCCAACAGCUUCUCCUUGAUUCAUAUUGCAAUAUCGGCGAACCAGAUGGUAUCUAUGGUUACGGAGCCGGUCGCCUAACUGACACUAGUGCCAGAAUACACACAUAUGAACAUGAGGGUAGAUGGAUGAAGGCAUUGUCUGCAUAUGAUUCCCACCUACAGCAAGAGGCAACAGGCUCUGUAUCUGGUCUUUUAAAGUAUUACCUUCACCUCUCCGAUGGAGAGUUAAUUACCCUUGCGUCUAAGAAAGAAAGAAAUCUUAAAAGUACAGCUUGGGACAACAACUUCUGGUUAGAACUGGAUUAUUUGGUGGUUGCCAUGGCAGCCAAAGCAUGCUCAGCUCAUUUCACAUGUAUUCUGUACACUGAGAUAUGGUGUGACCAGCAAAGAAAUGGUAGAAAUGGAAAUGAUGAUAUGAUGAGUGACCGAACGUCAGCAUUUGAGACUCUGUCUUGUCUGAGUGGCGACCAUGGCAUCAAUGUCCGGCAGCUUCUCCUUGAUUCAUAUCGCAAUAUCGGCGAACCAGAUGGUAUCUAUGGUUACGGAGCCGGUCGCCUAACCGACACAAGUGCCAGAAUACACACAUAUGAACAUGAGGGUAGAUGGAUGAAGGCAUUGUCUGCAUAUGAUUCCCACCUACAGCAAGAGGCAACAGGCUCUGUAUCUGGUCUUCUACAGGUGAAUCAUUUUAUUGUAGUAUUGUACCUAAGAGUAUUAAAAUUAAAAGGGGGGGAAGUUGCAGAGCAUCAGUAUGAAGCUGCUUGGAGGCUGGGCCAAUGGGAUAUGCAAUUUGAUAAUUUCUGUUUGGAGUCAUCUUCUGGAUUCCACGAAAGUGUUUACAAAUCUUUAACCGCCAUGAAGAACAAAGAUGAAAACACUUUCAAACUGUGGAUCAACAAGGCUGAAGGUCAGGUCCUACAUGACCUCUGUCAUGUGAGUCUGGAGAGCAAUCAGAAUGUUUAUCCACUGCUGUGUGAAUUACAGAUGUUAAAUGAGGUGCAGAACAGCAUGCAUUAUAUCAAAAACAAUAGAUCAGAUAGUGUCAGCGAAUCAUGGAAAGACAUAAGUACUGUACAAGACCUUGAUUUUGAGUUUGUUGAGCCUGUUCUGGCCAUCAGGUCAUCCAUCUUAGAUAUAGCGUACACUUUGAACCCCGGUUUAAUGAUACUACAGGAUGUGAUGUCACAACACAUGUUAAGUCAAUCUGAGCUUGCCAGAAAAGCUGGUAGAUACCAUAUUGCAGAGAGAGCAGUAGCUCAACUUUCAAAGCUGAAUGAGUCCCGUAACCAUGACGAUUGUAGGAAGUGGGUUUGGCAACUUGAGAAAGCUAAUGUGUUUUGGGGACGGGGAGAACAAGACACUGCCAAACAUCUGCUGAAAAUCUGCAUUGGUCAACUUGCAAAGACAUCAAAGAAAAAUGAAGUAUUUAAAUCAAUCUACCCACAAGCUCUUGGUAUAUAUGGCCAGUGGUUAGCAGAGACCCACACAGAAAGUCCAAACACUAUUAUGGAUGACUAUUUGGAGAAGGCUGUGAUAAUUUACGAUUCAACGAACAACACAAGCUCACCUGCUAUGCAAGCCUACCUUUCUCUCGCACGGUUUGCAGACACCCAUUACCAAAAUAUUUGUAACUACAUGAAAUCUAAGGUGUUUGAGAGUAAACAAGCCUUACUGACCAAGUGUCGUGCAGACCUACAGAGUCUCAAAGCCAUGGGUGACAAUCAUAAAAGCAAAUAUCAGCGAACUCUGGAGAAACAAAAGGAGAUUGAUGAAACAGAGUUGGAAGCAAUGGCAGAUGAUAAAGCCAACUACCUUCAUAAAGCAGUUAAUUGGUAUUUGAAGUGUCUGACAUGCGGUGAUCAGAAUGAUAUCAGAAUGUUCCGUGUUUGUUCGCUUUGGUUUGAUAACGCAAGUGAUGCGGACGUUAAUAACGCAAUUGAAUGUGCUCUUGGGAAACUUGAGAGCCGCAAGUUCUUGCCCCUCAUGCCGCAGCUAGCUGCCCGUAUGACCACAAAAGAACAUGGUAGAGUAAAUUUCCAGAAAGUUCUGCAAGAUGUCAUAAAAAAGACUGUAGUGGAUCACCCACACCACACAUUGCCCAUCAUCCUGGCUUUGGCAAAUGCAAAUAAAGACACACAACUGACCAAUAGGAAGUCUGCAGGAGGAAGCAGAGGGGAUAAAGGUCAAACAGUUGAGGAGAGAAUGGCAGCUGCACAAAAUCUUCUGACCUAUUUGGAAACAUCGUCAACUUGCUCAGAUGUUAUCAGAUCACAGAAUAGGCUUUCAUUGGCAUAUAUUAAUCUUGCCUACCUUGAUACUUCAUUGCAUAGACGAGAAACAAAACCAAUCAAAAUUCCAUCAAACCAGUCAAUAAUGCAAAUUAAGGAUCUUGAGCAUGUUGCCGUGCCGACAUUAGAACUUCCAGUGGAUCCAACUUGUCGCUAUGACAACAUUGUGUAUGUCAAAGAUUUUGAGCCAACGUUCAAGCUUGCUGGUGGUGUGAACCUUCCCAAAAUCCUCACUUGCAUUGGGUCAAAUGGGCGUCGUUACACACAACUUGUAAAGGGACGGGAUGAUUUACGCCAAGACGCUGUCAUGCAACAGGUCUUCGGUUUAGUUAACUCACUUUUGAUGAAGGAUCCAGAAACAAAGAAACGCAAGCUUCACGUCAGGAGAUACAAGGUUAUACCAUUAUCCCAGAGGAGUGGGUUAUUGGAGUGGUGUGAAGGAACCAUGCCAAUAGGACAGUACCUGAUAGGUCCUGCUAGUAAGUCUGGGAUCGGAGCCCACAAACGAUAUAGACCAAAUGACUGGACCGCUUUAGAUUGCCGCAAGAAAAUGACCAAUGCGCAUGAUAAAGCACAGAAGUAUGCAACAUUUCAACAGGUUUUGAACAACUUUAAGCCAGUCUUUAGAUACUUCUUUAUGGAGAAGUUUGUGGAUCCCAACUGUUGGUUUGAAAGGCGUUUGGCCUACACAAGAAGCGUGGCUACCUCAUCCAUAGUUGGUUACGUAGUUGGACUGGGUGAUCGCCAUGUUCAAAAUAUAUUGAUUGACUGCAACACCGCUGAACUGGUCCACAUCGAUCUAGGUGUUGCAUUUGAACAAGGCAAGAUUCUUUAUACUCCUGAAACAGUUCCCUUUCGUCUUACAAGAGACAUAGAGGAUGGAAUGGGCGUUGCUAGUGUUGAGGGAGUAUUCCGGCGAUGUUGUGAGAAGACGAUGGAGGUAAUGCACAACUCCCAGGAGGCUUUGCUAACUAUUCUAGAGGUGCUCCUCUAUGACCCCCUCUAUGACUGGACAAUAUCUCCACUGAAAGCUCGCAACAUCCAACAAACUGACCCAGAUGCAUCAAUGUUGAGCACAACAUUGGAUUUUGAUGGCAAUGGGGGCAGUAGCACAGAGGAGGUGAACAAAAUGGCCAAGAGGGCGCUGUUGAGACUGCGCCAAAAACUGCAAGGGGAGGAAGACGGCGUAGUGCUUAGUGUUAGUGGUCAAGUUAGUAGGUUGAUACAAGAGGCAAGAGAUUUUAAAAACUUGUCCGGAUUGUUUCCUGGUUGGCAGCCAUGGCUUUAAAGUUUUUAUCAGACGAAUAUGUAGCUCUUUUAAUGAAUAAAUUAUUCAUUAGAUUUUGGUGCUCUGCUUACGUCUUUUAUGUACAGACAGCAUUUACGUAAUUGAAAUAAUCAUACAUCUCGACUGCAUGUUUUCAUUUAUUUAUCUUGGUUUUAAGCUGUUUUGAAGUUUUGUAAGUGAUGAAUAUUCAUUUUUUUUAAUGAAUAUUUAUGUCAUAAUGGCGUGCUGCUUAAAUUGUUAGAAUGUAUAUGCUUGUAAUUAACAAAAACUAUUACUUAUUUUUAUAAUAUAAAAAAUAGAUUUUUUAGUGCUCAUCAUUUGCUUCAGAAAAAGGAAAAAAACAGUAGAUUUUACAGUAUAAAGUAACCUGAAAACAUUAUUAAAUUAACUGAACUAUAAAAUAUCAUAGAAACUAAUCAAAGAAACAAGUAAGGAUUGCUUUGGAUGUUGAGGAAAAUGCUGUAUUGUGGAUAACUCGUGAAAGCUUCUUUUCUCUUGCGUGGUUCUUCGCUACACAUCAACUUCAAAGUUGGUAGGCCAGUCUGCGACCUCCUCUGAGACGCCAUACAGUUGCUGCAUACCUCCUGAUGGUUUGGACAAAAAUUAACAAGGUGGGAAACUAAUUGAAUGGCUUCAACACAAUUACACGCUGGAAAGGUGUACAUGCGCCGUCGGAACAGUGCUCGGCUCUUCUACCACAUCUCAUGAGCAGUGCGAGAUGGUGCCAGUUUCGUCUUGCUAGGUUGGCACCGGAUGGUAAAUGAAAGGCAAGGCUGGAGAUCAAUAUAUUUCUAAUGCAUUGCCAGAACUUCUCCAAGACUCCUUCCACAGCAAGAGAGUUAAUUUACUCUAGAAGGAAACAAAACCCACCUACAGUAGUAUAUGUAACAUUAAACUCUUCCAAUUAUAAAAGCUUUUAUCACCAUUUUUUUAAUUUCAUAUCAUUUAAAUUCUAAGACUAUAGAUUGUGCAUGACUAGAAAUACUCCCCAAGGUGUAAAGAAAGUACUUUUAUUUGCAACAUAUUUUUUCAGGAUACAUACACAUAAGGAAAGCAAAAUGUACAAUACUAAACUGACAAUGAAUACCAUACUGUUUUAAUGUUUGUUUAUCUGCUCUUGA